AUGCGGUGCGAUGCGAUGCGAUGCGAUGCGAUGCGAUGCGAUGCGGUGCGGCCGCCGGGGAUGUUUGGGUGGUGUGGUGUGGUGUGGUGUGGUGGUAGUGGUGGUGAGGCGAAUAGGAAGGAGAGCGUGAGGGCACGUGGUUCGAGCAGGGCAGCGAUGGUGGUAGAGACAGGUUGUGUGAUGAUGAUAGGUGUUGGUGGUGGUGGUGAUGAUGGUGGUUGCGGCGGCGGCGGCGGCGUGUCGGUGGCGGCCUACUGCGGCUGCUGCUGCUGUUGCUGCUGCUGCUGCUGCUGCGGCGCCGGCGGCGGCUGGACGGCCCUGCGGUGGCGGCCCGGCGCCGACGCCUGGGCAACCAUGUCGCGAAUGCGGCGCUGCGCCGAC